AGGCUAUUUCAAAUGUUAACCAAAAGGUCAUUUUGUAUUUCACAUAGUUUGUGACUUUUGUGUUCACAGAAAAUGUGAAUAAAGUCGGGAUAGUAGAUAAGUGAUAAUAGUCUAUGCAUUAUUCAUAAGUGGGCGUGUGCGUUGAUAUUGUCGAAUCUGGGACAGUGGUACAAGCAAGGCCACGCAACGACCCAGCUGGUAUUAGACAUGGCGGCGACCGAGUCGAGUUUAAGCCCGAGUUCAAUAGCAGUGGCAGACACUGUUGUACCUGCCUGCAUGUUUGCUCCAGACCGGGGAAGCGACGAUGAUCCAUCUGGAGGGGACUGUUAUGAGGACGGGGAAGCUCACAAUGGCGAGGCCGAGGAUCAUUUAGACCUCACUAGCAAGAUGGCUCUGGUCAGUCCAACUGGAGAACAGUAUGAUGUGUUAUUUCGACAGCUCAGGGAGAGGAUGGAUGAGGGUUGUGGGGAGACCAUCUACGUGGUGGGAAUGGGCUCAGACGGCGGUGAGUACGGGCUGAACGAGCAGGACAUGGAGGCGUCGGUGGCCACGGUGCAGUCGCUGUGCGAGCAGGUGGAGGCUGACCUCAUCCUGCUGAGAGAGCGGGCAGAGACGGGGGGCUGCGUGCGCGACUACCUCAUUCGUCGCCGCGUCGGGGACACCGACUUCCUGGAAGUCAGAGUGGCCGUGGUGGGGAACGUCGACGCUGGUAAGAGUACGCUACUGGGCGUGCUCACCCACGGAGAGCUGGACAACGGCCGCGGCUUUGCCCGCCAGAAACUCUUCCGCCACAAACACGAGAUGGAGAGCGGCCGCACAAGCAGCGUGGGCAACGACAUCCUGGGCUUUGACCAACAUGGACAGGUGGUGAACAAACCAGAUAGCCACGGCGGCAGCCUGGACUGGACCAAGAUCUGCGAGCGCUCCUCCAAGGUCAUCACCUUCAUCGACCUGGCGGGUCACGAGAAGUACCUCAAGACCACCGUGUUCGGCAUGACUGGACACCUGCCGGACUUCUGCAUGCUCAUGGUUGGCAGUAAUGCAGGGAUUGUGGGAAUGACAAAAGAGCAUCUUGGCCUGGCUUUGGCAUUAAAUGUCCCCGUGUUUGUUGUGGUCACAAAAAUAGACAUGUGCCCAGCCAAUAUUUUACAAGAGACGCUGAAAUUACUGCAGAGGUUACUCAAAUCUCCGGGCUGCAGGAAAAUCCCUGUCUUGGUACAGAACAAAGAUGACGUUAUAGUCACCGCCUCCAACUUCAGCUCAGAGAGAAUGUGCCCCAUAUUUCAGAUCUCCAACGUGACGGGAGAGAACAUGGACCUGCUGAAGAUGUUCCUCAACCUGCUGUCGUCCAGGACUACGUUCCGGGACGACGAGCCAGCCGAGUUUCAGAUCGAUGAUACAUACUCAGUACCGGGUGUGGGCACGGUGGUGUCGGGCACCACGUUACGCGGGCUCAUCCGCCUCAACGACACCCUGCUACUGGGGCCGGACCCCCUGGGCGCCUUCAUCCCCAUCGCCGUCAAGUCCAUCCACCGCAAGCGCAUGCCGGUCAAGGAGGUCCGCGGUGGCCAGACGGCCUCCUUCGCCCUCAAGAAGAUCAAGCGCUCGUCCAUACGCAAGGGCAUGGUCAUGGUGUCGCCCCGGCUCAGCCCGCAGGCAUGCUGGGAGUUUGAGGCCGAGAUCCUGGUGCUGCACCACCCUACCACCAUCUCGCCACGCUACCAGGCCAUGGUGCACUGUGGCAGCAUCAGGCAAACGGCCACCAUCCUGACCAUGAACAGGGACUGCCUGCGCACGGGGGACAAGGCCCUGGUCCACUUCCGCUUCAUCAAGACGCCCGAGUACCUGCACUGCGACCAGAGGCUGGUCUUCAGGGAGGGCCGCACCAAGGCCGUGGGCACCAUCACCAAGUUAUUACAGUCGCCCAACAACCUGCCCUCCCACUCCAAACCCCAGCAAAUGAAAAUGCAGUCCAGCAAGAAGACGUCACCGCAUGGAGACGGAACGACAGCGCCAAACGAGGAACCAGGGUUAUUAGAGGGCAACCAAAGCUCUGCACAGCCAGUGGGGGAGGAGGACUCGCAAAGUAGAGACGGCAACAAAGAGAACAAGCCAAAACAGGGUGGUGGUGGGCGACGGCGAGGAGGCCAGAGGCACCGUGGUAAAGGUCUCACCAGCCUCUUGGUGCCCCCUGCUGCCGGAGCAGGAAGCGGCUAAAACAGCCUCAUCAUCACAUCCACCCCCUCCUCCCUAACUGACAUCUCCGCUUCUCAUCACCCACAUCCUCCAGCCAGGACCUCCUGCUCUUUCAUUUCUGGCACCAGGGAUAUUUUUUAAUUUCAAUUUUUGGCAUUCAAGGGGAGCCCUCUUGCUCUCCAACCAAGCCAGUAGAGGACUAUUCUCAGACUAUUAUACAAUAAUCGCUGAUCUUCCUUUUUUAUUCCCCUUUCAGUUUCAUUUUGUUUUGAAAUGUGUUGCCAUUCUCAAAGCCGUUUCGCCUACCCAUAAUCAUUGUAUUUAACAACCCAUUCAACCCCCCCCCCCCCCCACUCCCAUGGUGCCCAUGUUCCCCACAGACCCAAUCAGAGUGCCCCGGCCAAAUCCUUGUUUGCAUUGGACUCCUCGUUUAUUUUUCACAGUCCAGUUUUGCCAGCAGGUCCUGUCGAUAUGGAACACAAAAGAGAGGGAUUUUUUGUUGUUGUUGUUGUUGUUUGAAUGUUGGCCAUACCUUGUCUGUGAAAACUAGCCUUUGUUGGGAAUCGAUGGUGUUUUUAGGAGUGUUUCCUCUUGCCGUGUACUGUUACAUCCCCAUGGAAGAAAUUCAGCUAACCACGAGUUUCAUUAGAGUCCUGAUUUUUUUGUUGUUCUUACCCCAGCAUUGAACAAUUAUGUAGCCAAAAAUUAGGAUGUUGACUGAGAACUGCUUUGUAAGCCACUGUAAAAUGAUAGUUCCUCAGGUCUGAUGGCAUUAGUUGGUAGAUAAUACAUUUAUACAGUACGGUGUUCUACACAGAUUUUUUAAUUUAUUACCAAAUCAAGACCUGCUUUUGGUGAGUUCGAACACUUUUUGUUUUCAGGGAAAAAAUGAGUAGAUGUGUCUUUUGUAAGUCUUUAUGAAGAGAUUUGAAGGUUCAGUUUAAAUUCAAGGUCAACAUGAUACCUUGGAUUCCACCUAUUUUUCCAGUUAUAGCUAUCAACAUUCAGAUAUUCAGCGUUUGAAACUGCCUUUUUUCCCAUGAACAAUGACAUUGAGAAUGAGUUUUAGUUUCGAAACUCGUUCAGUGGUGUGUUUGUGAUUUACACAAUUCUGCUCUUUGCCAAGACCAGUAAUAUUGUGCCCAACAUACCCAUUUGUCUUGCACCAGUGAAAUUGCUUUAAGGACUAGGCCUAAAUUCCCAGUGGUAAGGAAACCAGGUUAAAAAGUGUGGGUUGUUUAGACAAUAGCAAGGUUAAGAAGUUUUUUAGGUUCUAGCGGUUCUCUCCCCUGCAUGGAACUGAUGGCAGGGGACUUGCAUACAGGGAAUGCAAUCUAAGUUUUUAGAAGUGAUGCUUUGUUUUCAUUGUGUUUUUGUUUUGGAAUUGGUAUGAAAGAAAUUUAACUUUUAUUUGAUGAGGCAUUUUAUAGGAAAAUUUGGUAAGGCGACUGGGACUAUGAAAUUCCCUUCCACCCCAUAUGUUGAUGAGGCUUUGAGUUCAAUAGUUUAUUAUAUUUGACAAGCUUUUAUACAUCAGUUUUGUCAGUUUCCAUUAACAGACUGAAAUCUCUCAGCAAGAUGUACACACUGAAGUUUCCUAUGUGGAUGUACUGCAUUAACGGGUUGUUGGUGGUUGGUCAAGAAAGUGGCAUAGAUGAAGAAAGCUUUAGCGGUUAGAAAGAAAGUAUUACAUAUGAAAGAGGCAGCUCAAGGAUGGUAGUAUUCAGAGGAUGCACAUCUGACCCCAAGGUUUCUGAUUAGCCUAAAGACCUGGUAGCAUUAUUCCAGAAAUGUGUGUUUGUGUCACCCACUUGAACCUAAAGCACCAGCUUCAUAAGCUAAACAGGCUUGGCCGGGGGGUUAUGGAUUGUAGCAGCUUAAUCGUCCAAGAGUUGAAGCAAUUUCUUGCCAGGUUUAAAUUCUUGUUUUAUUCUCAUUAUCAGGAUGUGCCAGACUUUUGUGUUGGUUUGGAUUUUUGGAAGGUUUUUUUAAUUAUUGGUUUUUAUUGCGGGAAACCAAAAGGCAGGAUCAUUUCCCCCCUUUUUAAGUUUUUACUGCAUGGAUUAAUUUUUUGACGAAGAAGUAGUUAUUGUAUGUAUGUACAAAAAACGGCAAAAAAGAAUGCUAUUUAACAUUGGCAACAAAAGGUUUGUGUUGUACAUGCUUUUAAUUAAAAAAAAAAAAGAAAUGUUA